UUACUACGCGUUUUCGUUUCUUAUACUCUCCGCCAAUUCAAGACUUCCUUUCUCACAUUAAAAGGAAAAUGUCGGACGGAGGAUUGACGAUUUUGGACGGAACACAGCUCAGAGCCGUUGAUCUAUCGUUACCGUCGCCGGUCGACAGUUCAGUCACCGGUGCUCAGCUUCUUGAUGUCGCAGAAUCUAAAGUUUCAGAAUCACUCUUCGGCUUCUCAUUGCCGGAUACGCUCAAGUCCGCCGCUCUUAAACGCAUCGGCGUCUCCGAUGACCUUGAAUUCCGCCGUGAAAAGCUCGAUCGUGAAAACGCCUUGUCUGUGCUUCGGAAAUACGUCGACGCUAUUGCGAAUGAACUCCAAGAUGAUCCUAUAGUCAUUGCAAUUUUGGAUGGAAAAACUCUUCAACUGUUUUUGGAAGAUGAAGAUGACUUUGCAAUGUUGGCUGAGAAUCUUUUCACAGAUUUAGACACAGAAGAUAGAGGAAAGAUCAAAAGAAAUCAAAUACAGGAUGCUCUUUUUCACAUGGGUGUCGAAAUGGGAAUCCCACCUCUUUCAGAGUUUCCUCUACUAAGUGACAUUUUAAAGAAACAUGGAGCUGAAGGAGAGGAUGAAUUGGGGCAAGCCCAAUUCGCACAUUUACUUCAACCUGUGCUUCAGGAGCUGGCAGAUGUUCUUGCUGAGAACCCUAUGGUUGUGUUGCAGAAAAUCAAGAUCAAUAAUGGUUCCAAAUUGAGAAUGAUUUUGACUGAUGAAAAGCAACUAAGCGAGACAGUAGAUAAGAUAAUGCAGGAGGAAGAGAAAGACGGUCUAAGUACAAAAGAUGUCAUUCGACACUAUCUCGAGAAAAAUGGAGCAUCAUUGGGCUUGCCACCUCUGAAUGAUGAAGUGGUGAUUCUUCUAUACGAGACCGUAUUAGGUGCUGUAGAGAAUGGAAGCACUGAUGCAAAAACAUCAAAGAAGGACGAAUUCUUGUUUUUUCUGAAGGAGAUCCUUGAGAAGUUUGCAGCUCAACUUGAAGUUAACCCAACUUUUCAUGAUCUUGUUGACAAUUGAAGGUAUGUUGAUGCGCCUUCAUGUACACACCCUCUCAAUAUAAAAUUAUUCCAGAAAUAUUCACAAAUUUAUCUUAGAUUUUGACUCAACUUAUCAUUAAAUUUCUUCUACUCUUACUGUGUUCCUAUAUGGAGUAUGUUACUCGAUCGAAUCCACAUAUAUUAAUUAGCUGUCAAUAUAGUAAUCAAAA